AUGAGAUUAUCAACAGUAAUAUUUCUUUCAUCAUUAUCACUUACCCAUGCGACUGGUUGGUAUCCAGUUGAUUCAAAACAGGAGAUUCCUAGUGAGAUUGUUCCAUACACCAAGGGCCAAGAAGUAACAUUUGGAUGCAUCCAAAGAAACAUUGAUAACGGUGAACAUAAAUUUGAUGAAAAAGAAAAUAUCAUAUACGGACCAUUUCCAACAUGUAAAGAAACAGGGAAACCAUUAGCAUUCAAAUACGGAAUAAAUGAAGAUAUAAAUUGUACCAUUCAAUUUACUGACGAAUUGUAUCAUUUGUUUCAAUUAUACUUACACGAAGAUGCUCCAUUCAGCUGCAGACUACCAUUGUCAUCUGAUGUUUUACUGAUUGAAAAAGGAGGUGCAUCGAUUCCAUUAACUUUCAAUAUUAGAGGAUCAUUGUCUGAGUCUCACAUUGAUAUUGAUCAUUCAAUGAAUGUACUCAUUACCAAACCAGCUAACAAUGAUCCAAAACAAUUUACAUUUGUAAGUGCCAUAGCAUAUGGUGCGGGAACAAACACUACCAGAGCAGUUAUUGGAGACCAAGUGACCAUGACUUUUGCUGUCAGAUGGUUAGAUCAAUUAACCCCAGUGGAUUCGAAUAGAGGACAAAAAUUACCAUAUCAAGAUGGGUUUUACAGAUUUCCGACAUCGUUUGUGCCAAUUAGUUACUCAUUGUUUUAUUUCUACUUACUAUUAACAAGUUUUAUAUCAGGGAUGGCAGUGAUAGCAUUUUCUUAUAAAUGGAUCAGUCUCAAAAUCACAAAACACAAAUAUAUGCCAGUGGAUGACGAAUCAAAACAAGAUUAA